GUGGUCGGGUCGUAGUAUACGUGCAAUCAGCGUUUGUAAAAGCGGCGGAGAAGAGCACGCGGACAACGCACAGCGCGCGCGUCUCUCUUCCAAGCGGAGCGCAACAGUUUGCCACACAGUCGCCGACGAAAGCUCGCAAGCGAAAGUCACACGCGCGCGCACGAACAAAACUCAAAUUUACUUUAAAAAAAAAGUGUAAACAUAAACAUAAAACAAAAAUGUGUUUAGUGUAAAACAUAAAACAUGAGUAUCCAAUGUGUAGUGUAUUGUUUUGUGUAAUUUUGGAUAAAAAUUCAGCUGCGCUGCAAUUAUUUACCAACAAUCAACAAUUUAAUUCCCGGCGCAAGUGACCGCGGCGCGGAGGCAGCCAGCCGAUGAUUUCCGCCGGCGUAGAGGGACAGAUUCCACACUACAUGAUGACCUACCAUCCUGAACGAUGGCCGGGCGCGCAGAAGCAGGAGUUUGUACGUCCUGCACCCAAACCGCUUCCAUCUAGGUAUAAUGGUGUGAGUAGUGGAUUAUCAAAUGGUACCCGCCUGUCACACUCGGCGCGGUCGAUGACACACCACCAACCAGUGGUAUCAGCCGCCACCCCCGUUAACCUGACCGCCCACAAAGAGGACCUCAGUGACGAGCAGACUUACUAUGCGCAGCGCGUAUUCCCGCCGAAUAUGUUGAACCCAUACCAUGGGUUUCCGAGUCUCUAUCAACCGUACUCAUUACUCCGCCCUUCCAGUUACGCCCCGCUCUCACCCUUAGAGAGUUAUUCCCCGACGACGCCCACCGGAAAUGGUUCUUUCCUCCCACCGCAGGUGCCCGCCUUUUCGCCGCCCACGGCACACAAAGCGCAGGGGCAGACUAUCAUCCGCGAUAAGAAAUCACCUGCUCCCUUUAAAGUUCCAUGUGGAAAAGAAGGGUCACUUAAACAUCGCAUUCUAACACGACCCGAGGAUGCUCCGCCGAGUUCCCUCGAACAGUUGAGGGAAACCCGGAAGAGGAUUUCGGCGACUGUGGUUUCACCACCUCGAUCACCAGCGAAUAAGACCAAUAAUAACAAUGCGGCGAAGUUUGCGAAAGGGUCAUUGAUUCAAUUGGCGGAUGGUAAGCUAAGAAAUGUUGAGGAUAUGAGGACAGAGGAUUUUGUGCAUUCGGCGGAGAUGAGUCCGGAGUUACGAUUGGCGGAGAGUACGGUGGUGAAGAUUGCUGAGAAUCCCAAAACCGGCACGGCGGCCAUUACGCUCAGUUAUAAUGAACGACGAGCACAGGUUGAAGUGGAAGCACCCCUCGAGCAUCCAUUCUACGUCUACGGCCAGGGUUGGGCCUCGUGCCACGUGGAAAAGACGCUGAAGAGCUACGGCCUCGAGGUGUACCAGCUGCGGGUUGGCGACGUCCUCAUCUCGCUGAUGCCCCGCGAACCUCGAGAUCCACACACCGCCGUCCCCCACAACCGAACGACGCCCCCGACCUCCACUUCGACGACCACCAGCCACCUAGUGAAUAACUUAAUCAGCAAAAGCCGCGAUUACACGUCCGCCCCGCCGCAAUCGCAUUCGCAGCCGCCACCGCAGCGACACCAUGAUGCGCCCAUGUCACCCGAUAGCAUGCGGAAGCGGCGGUGGUCCGCGCCUGACCAGAUCUGUGAUGAGGACGAGCAGCAACAGCAGCACGCCGCUAGACGGAUGCGCGUGGAUUAAUUACGAAUUAGGCAAACACUUAUCGCGUAGGAUUAUGAUUUCUAACCGUUCUAACCCAGAGUAUUCGCUAGGCAAAGAUAUGCGCAUAUUGAUGCACGCUCGACACACUUUACCCUGCCGAAAUAUUCAGAAUGAAACAAAAAUGUUUUACGUUUUGCGAGUUUGAAACUCGAACAAUUGUACAUACGCUGUCGUAGCUGCAUCAUCAUGGUACCAUCAAAUCGCAUCCGUAGGCUUUGUUACCCGGUACUCGGUAACUUCUAAGUGCAAUGAUAAAACAUUUAUAACAAAUUAUUACUGGAUGCGAUACGUAUAUCAUUACAUGACAAUAGUAUGACGAGUUUUGCGCACGUGCAAAAUUUCUGCACCCACACACAUCUAGAAACUAAAAGGAUAAUAGGUAGUAAUGAUACAGAAAUGAUAUUAACAUAUUAUAUGCAUAUAAACGCAGGGGACGGAGCAAAUUGUGAAUGCGAAGGUGUAACGAACGAAUUCGUCGGGGCAAUGGGUUUUGACGAGUGAUACAUUCGAAACACGAACAAUUAUUAUUUUAACGUUUAAGGUGUAAUACGUAUGGAGUCGGUUGGCAUUCGCGAUGCACGCGAGUGCCGCCAUCGAUCUCAAGGGACCCGUGUGAUAGAACUGCUUUUAAAUGUUUAAAACGACAAUAGCGAACCUAACAGAAAACACAAGCAAACAAAUACCACUUCACAAAGAUCUGUAUUUUAUCGUACGCAUAUUUUCAUACUUGCACGACUCAUCAGACAAACGAAAAGCGAAAGAUUUUGAAUGCUGCUUGAUGUAAACGAACGAUAUGUCAUACCGUGCUCGACUUUUCAAAUUAUAAACCUACAAAUUUAAUUUCCAUGUGAAUUCUUGGCUGUGAUACAGUGAAGUAAAAUGGAAUGAGCGACAUACACACAUAAACACACACUCACACAAACACUUCCCUCCAAACAAGUCUUUUGAUCCCAAUUUACAUGUGUCAAUAACAAUUAUGCAAGAAACGUGACAUACCUCAUGCAAAUGAAAUCAAAAACGAAGAAAUGAAAAAUACUUAGAAAUUGUUAUGGCAGCGAUUUGUGUGUUCUUGUACUUGUACAGCCAAUUGUCGUUGUCAUUAUCGAAGUCAUUAUUAAUUUUAUUACAUACAUUGUUGACGGUUGUUUGCGGUCGCGGUUGUUUCUUGUGUAAUUUAUGUGAUGAAUCGAGAGGGCGAGAGUUAUCGAAGUUGGUCUCAUCGACUUUUUUUUAAUUAAUUACGUUUAGAUAGCGAGCGAGAGAGCGAAUCACGAUCGAUUGUAUUAAAUAUUGUAAUUAUUAUUGUAUAGUCUUUGCUGCCGUUGGCCACACCACCCACCAUAUCAUUCGUAAGGAAUUAAAAAAAAUGAUCAUGUUAUACAGCAGAUUCAUAACAGAAAAAAUAAACAGUUGAAUAGUUGUUGCGCAAAUGAGUGUCUUGCUUGGAUGAGGCAUUAGAUAUUCAAUGAAAUCAAAAAAUUGUUUAGCACUUAAGAGGAUGAUGUUGAUGUGAAGAGAUCUGGCAUCGUAAUCAGCUACAAGUCUAUGUUUAAUCUUAGUUAAUGAUAACUUUAAAGUGCCUUCAAACGCAUAAACAAACGAGUAGCUUGUUUAUGUGAUGUUGUAUUAAGUUAGGAGACGUACAUUGUAUGCAAUGGGGUGGAAGUCAGCGAGUGAGAAAUUUGAAUGAGAUGCUUUGAUUGUAGGCGAGCGUAAACUUGAGAUGUGUACAUAUUUUAUUUUACAUAUUAAUUGUACAGUGUGCCAUUGUUGUUAAAAUGUUGCAAAUUAUAAGGCCGGAUGGCGGUGCAGUCAAAUCAAUAAAUGAAGAAAUGUAUAAAGAA